GAAGUGGUCAGUGCGUUGUUUGUACUAAUCUAAGAAUAGACUCAUUACAAUCCAUCAAAAUGUUUUCAUUAGUGUGAUAACAGAUAUGUUGCUACGCUGAUUAGAAAAAUAUUUUCACAGCGCAAAUGUAUUCACUCGUUCACCAUGUUUAAGAUGAUACUACUCACCGUAUUAUUCCUCUCGGGAUUUUGUAUUAAUUGUUAUUUUUGUGCGGCAAUUAGAGACGAGGCACCGCAGUGUGGUUACCAAUCUUGUCAUCCACUAAAAGAUGGUUUCAUCAACAUCCAUCUCGUCCCGCACACCCACGAUGAUGUUGGUUGGCUAAAAACCGUAGACGAAUACUACUACGGUGCCAACAAUUCCAUCCAAAAUGCCGGCGUUCAAUACAUUAUCGAUUCUGUUAUUGACGAACUCAAAAAAGACACCAACAGAAGAUUUAUUUAUGUGGAGACGGCGUUCUUCUGGAAAUGGUGGAUCCACCAAGACGAUUACGUUAAACAUCAAGUCAAAACUUUUAUCAAUAAUGGCCAGUUGGAGUUUAUCGGAGGCGGCUGGACCAUGAAUGAUGAAGCUGCAACCCAUUAUCAAUCCACUAUUGAUCAAAUGACAUGGGGCUUAAGGAAACUUAACGACACAUUUGGUGAAUGCGGUCGUCCCAAAAUUGGAUGGCAAAUUGAUCCCUUCGGCCACAGUCGUGAAAUGGCGUCAAUCUUUGCCCAACUGGGCUUCGAUGGGUUAUUCUUGGGUCGCAUAGAUUACCAAGAUAAGGAAAAAAGGUUUACCAGCAAAACCCCCGAGAUGGUUUGGAAGGGCAGUGCCAAUUUAGAAAAAGCUGACAUAUUUACCGGAGUCUUGUACAAUAAUUACGCACCCCCAAGAGGUUUCUGCUUUGAUAUUCUAUGUGAAGACGAACCUUUAGUUGACGAUAAGAGAAGCCCACUUUAUAAUAUCGAACGAAAGGUUGACGAUUUCUUUGCAUACCUAAAAAAUGCGUCUGAAACUUACACCACACCUAAUGUUCUUCUCACCAUGGGAGAAGAUUUUAAUUAUCAAGAUGCACACACUUGGUUCAAAAAUUUGGACAAACUCAUCUACUAUGCAAACCUGAGACAAGCAAAUGGUUCAAAAUACAACCUCAUCUAUUCAACGCCUUCUUGCUACCUUAAAGCUGUUCACGACGCUAAUCAAAAGUUUGUUGAAAAAACAGACGACUUUUUCCCGUACUCUUCUGAUGGUAACUCCUUCUGGACUGGGUAUUUUACAUCAAGACCCACUUUGAAACGCUUUGAACGUCAAGCUAACAAUUUCCUACAAGUGUGUAAACAAGUUUAUGCUUUGGAUGAUUUGGGACCUGAAGAUUGGGUCGACUUAAACUCUCUGAGGGAAGCCAUGGGUAUCAUGCAGCACCAUGACGCUAUUACUGGUACAGAAAAACAACACGUGGCAGACGAUUAUGCCAGAAUUUUACAGGAGGGGAUUAACGAGUGCCAAUUUAUUGUAAACAGUGCGUUAAGUGAAAUUAUUACGGGUGAAAACAAUACAGAUCCGGAACCAGCCCCCAAAAUCGCCAUCAAUUCAUGCUGGUUCACCAACAUAAGUUCUUGUCCUUAUACUGAAAGUCAAGACAAUUUUGUAGUGACGGUGUAUAACCCCUUAAGCCGACCUGUCAUCAAGUACGUGCGCCUUCCUGUAUUAGGAGAAGCCUAUUCGGUUUCAGAUCCAAAAGGAAAUGAUAUAGAGGUUCAGUUAAUUCCUAUUGCCGAUCCCAUUUUGAAAAUCCCAGGACGGGAGAGCAAAGCCACAGUUGACCUAAUUUUUGUAGCCGAGGAAAUUCCCCCUCUUGGGUUCAAAUCAUACUCAGUAACUAAACAAGACGGAAAUAUGAUCAGUAAACCGGAAGAUAUCACAGAAAUCACAAGUGGUGACGGGGUGGUAGGAUUCGGCCUUGAUCCUCAAACAGGACUACUAAACAGAGUUAUAAUGAACGAACAAGCAAUUCCAAUCAGCCAAGAAUUUCUGUUUUAUGAAGGAAAUGUUGGAAAUAAUGAGGUUCCUACAAAUAGAUCAUCUGGGGCAUAUAUUUUCCGGCCAAUUCCGGGCAAAAACGCUACUGCUGUAGCUGAUAAAGUAGAUUUUUCGGUGUAUAGAGGUAACAUUUUAUCGGAAGUUCAUCAGGUCUUUGACGACUGGGUUAGUCAGAUUAUCAGGAUUUAUAAUAAAGAGAAGCUUAUAGAAUUCGAUUGGUUGGUCGGUCCGAUUCCUGACAAAGAUGUCAACGGAAAAGAGAUUAUUACCCGCUUUACAACAGAACUUUCCACUAACUCAGUCUUCUACACGGAUUCAAAUGGACGAGAAAUAUUAAAACGCGUGCGUAACUCACGUCCAACGUGGACUCUUAACCUUCAAGAACCCGUUGCUGGAAACUACUACCCCAUUACCUCCAAGAUAACUCUGGUGGAUGAAGCUAAAGAUUUGCAGUUGUCAGUUUUGACAGAUCGUGCUCAAGGAGGCAGCAGUUUAAGAGAUGGUGAGCUGGAGCUCAUGGUACACCGUAACUGCCUCCACGAUGACGCUUUUGGAGUAGCUGAAGCUCUCGUAGAAACAGCAUUUGGUGCAGGUUUAGUUGCCAGGGGAUCACAUUAUCUGGUUUUGGGUCCUCAUGCAAAUACAACAGGUGACGUUAGUACAAGCGCCCAAGAACGUGACAUAGCCCAGAGAAAAAUCCUAGAUUCUUGGGUACUCAUUUCGUCGCCUUACAACGACACCAAGUACCUAAAACAGUAUUCGGGACUGAAGCGAUCUCUACCCAACAACGUCCAAAUCUUAACCCUCGAGCCCUGGAAAGGUUUCAGCUUCCUACUGCGACUUGAACAUAUUUUAGAAAAAGGAGAAGACCCUAAACUAUCGCAACCGGCCGUCAUUGAUCUACGCAAUUUAUUCGGUCCUUUUGAAAUUUUGGACAUUCGAGAGACCACUUUAGCCGGCAAUCAGUGGUUGGACCAAAAUGAGAGAUUAGAGUUCCAAACUGUUGACGAUAGCGGACGGAAAAGCGGAAAACGAGCAGCUGUAAUUCAAGCACUCGACGAUUAUCAGAUCACCUUGAAUCCGAUGCAAAUCAGAACUUUUGUGAUUGAGAUUCAGAAGAAUUGAUUGUUUGUGUACACUUGAAAAUACCUACUCUAAACGAUAAGCUAGAGAUAUCUAAACUGUUACUAGGUGUGAAGUUUUAACAAUAAACGUAUAAAUAAAA